UACAGAGCUGAUUCCAAAACAACCAGGCAGCCAGGGGCGAAAACUCCUAGUUUGAAGGUGGACACAAUCUGAAUCUGCUUCCUUGCCUUGCAACAUCAUGUUGAUAAAGAACUGUAAUUCGUAUCUUCUGAGUUUGAAACCAGGGUUCGACUGCCUAAUUAUUGGAUCACCUGCGGCAACAGGUGAUGGCAUGAGGAGGCACACGGUGGCAACAAUAAAUGGUUUCCGUAGUGCGGUAUUGACAAGUUCAGUCGACAGCUUGGCCAAUACCCUCCUCAAUAACUCUAAAGAGGAAAGCUGUCUUGGACGCUUUUCCAAAUCCAAUCUGAAUGGUUGACGCUGAUCACAUGCAUAGAAGUGAAUGUAAUCGUUCAU